CUCCCUCCAGCCGCCGCUCCCAGCUCCGGCUCCCUGGCCCCUAGACGCCUCUUCCCCGCGCGCGUCCCUCUCCUAUGGAUGCAUUUCAGAGCGGACAGAUGCUGAGCUUGCUCGCGGAGCUCGGCAGCAACAACUUAGAGCUGGCGGAGCCGAAGGAACCGGCGGCAGCGGAGGCCGGCGUAGACACUGGCCCCCACCCAGAGGCGGCUACCGAAGGCCCCGCACCUCUAGCAACGCGGGAGCCGGAGCGCGAGCAGCCCCUGCGGGCCUCGACGCCGGAGUGCAAAGUCCUGCUCACAAAGGCCGACGCCCUGGCGUCCGGGGGGCGCCUGCGGGAAGCCCUCGAGGUGUACCGACAGCUCUCCGAGAGGCAGCAGCUGGUGGCUGAGCAGCUGGAGCAGCUGGUGCGCUGCCUGGCGGAGAACGUCCGGCCGGGCAAGGCGCCGGCGCCCGCGGACAGGAGCAGCGCGGCCAGCCGCGCGGUGGCGGCGGAAGAGGCAGGGGCGGCCACGGCCGCCGAGGCCACCGAGGUGUGGGACGGCUUCAAGUGCCGGAAGUGCCACGGGUUUCUCUCAGACCCCGUGUCCUUGUCGUGCGGCCACACCUUUUGCAAACUGUGUCUGGAACGCGGGCGGGCGGCCGACCGGCGCUGUGCGCUGUGCGGGGUCAAGCUCUCCGCGUUGAUGGUGGCCCCGGGGCGUGUGCGCGGGGCCCGGCGGGCCGGGCAGCAGGCGCCGCCACCGCUGCGGGUCAACGUGGUGCUCAGCGGCCUCCUCGGCAAGUUGUUCCCGGGCCCCGCCCGGGCGUCGCAACUCCGGCACGAGGGCAACCGGCUGUACCGCGAGCGCCAGGUGGAGGCGGCGCUGCUCAAGUACAAUGAGGCGGUGAGGCUAGCUCCAAAUGACCAUUUGCUUUAUAGCAACCGGUCUCAAAUUUAUUUCACCUUGGAAUCUCACGAGGACGCACUACAUGAUGCAGAAAUAGCAUGUAAGCUCCGCCCAAUGGGUUUCAAGGCACACUUCAGAAAAGCACAAGCCUUAGCCACCCUGGGCAAGGUGGAGGAAGCACUAAGGGAGUUUCUAUAUUGUGUGUCUCUCGAUGGAAAGAACAAGAGAGCAAGAGCUGAAGCCCAAAAGCUUCUCCUUAGUUUCUUUUCACCAUCAGUCCUGGGGGAGUCUCAGGAACAUUCUCCCGAUAUCCUGAAGCUGUUGGCACCUCACCCUAGAUUAAAGGAACACGUAGAGUCAAUGGCUACUGAAGGCACCAGCCAUAAUCUACCAGAGUUGUCACAGGAAAACCUGGCACUCCCACAUUGUUCUGGUCAGGAGGAGGCAGCAGCCAGGGGAGACUGCAACUCCCUGGUGAACCCAGCUAAAGGAAAGGUGGAUGGGCAAGAAGGCAAUAGGAAAGACCGAGAAGAAGAGGAAGAGAAGCGGGACACUGCCUGUCAAGAAACUGCCUCCAUCAAGACUGGCAAAUGCCAGGAAAAGAAAAGGAAACAUUGUCAAAUUGAACCCCAAGACCCAGAGGUGCCUCAUAAAGUCUCUAAGCAAGAUCCUCCCGCUGGUCAGGAGGCCAAACCUGCCCUCCCUGUUCCACUCACAUCUUUCGACGCCUCUGACCUUGAAUGCUCCCUGUGUAUGAGAUUAUUCUAUGAGCCAGUCACAACACCUUGUGGGCACACAUUUUGCUUAAAAUGCCUUGAAAGAUGCCUGGAUCACAAUGCCAAGUGUCCACUGUGCAAAGAUGGCCUUUCACAGUGCUUGGCAUCAAGAAAAUACAGCAAAAAUGUAAUCAUGGAAGAGCUAAUAGCUAAAUUCCUCCCAGAAGAACUGAAGGAACGAAGGAGGCUUUAUGAAGAAGAACUGGAAGAGCUGUCCAACUUAAAUAAGAACGUGCCCAUUUUCGUGUGUACCAUGGCCUACCCCACCGUUCCUUGCCCGCUGCACAUCUUUGAGCCUUGUUACCGUCUGAUGAUUCGUAGGUGCAUUGAGACAGGCACAAGACAGUUUGGCAUGUGCCUUGGAGAUCCCGUCAAAGGGUUUGCAGAAUAUGGCUGCAUCCUAGAGAUCAGAAAUGUUCAGUUCUUUGCUGAUGGCCGCUCAGUGGUUGACAGCAUAGGCAAGAGGCGCUUCAAGGUGCUCCACCAGAGCCAGCGGGAUGGUUACAAUACAGCCGACAUUGAAUACAUUGAGGACCAAAAGGUCCAAGGAGAGGAUCGCGCUGAGCUCAUGGGAUUACAUAACUGUGUCUAUGAGCAAGCGUCAUCGUGGUUUCAUUCGCUGAAGUCAUCUCUGAAGAAUCGGAUACUCAAUCACUUUGGUCCAAUGCCGGAGAAAGAUGCGGAUCCCCAGAUGAACCCGAAUGGUCCAGCCUGGUGCUGGUGGACAUUAGCGGUUCUUCCAUUGGAAAGCCGUGCUCAGCUCCCGUUCCUAGCGAUGAGGUCCUUAAAGGAUAGAUUGAAUGGUAUUCGGCGAGUCCUGGCCUUUAUAACCCGAAACCAAAACUAGCGAGAGUGAAUUGCUGAAGAGGAAAUCACACCCUCCCCGCUGCCCUUGGGGGAGUUGUCUUGUAAAUAUAUCUAAUUGCAAUAACAUCUUAACAGAAGGAAGUAUCAAACAGAGGCAUUGCCCUGCUAUUAAUCACAGCGAGAAAUUGAGUAGAAAGACCAAAAGAAUGGGACCUGUUUGAAACUUUCUGUCUUAAGAUGCUUCUUGACAUGCUGCACAACUACAUGCACAGCAGAGGUUGUUUAAGAGCCCAGAAGAAAAAAAAAUUCAUUUGAUUUUGACAUAAAAUUUUCUGAAAGUUUAAAGUGGUUUUGCUUUAAUUUCCUUUCUCUCAUAGAUGAAUGAUUGUGUGGUUGAAAUGUGAAGCAAAGACACUAAUAAUGUUGCUGCUUUAUUUCACUGACUUGAGGUCUCAUUCCAAUGGUUUAGGUUUUAUACAGCAUUGUGUAAAAUAGUGUUCAUACUUCUUUCUGUUUUAAUAAUUUAUUUUUUGCGCUACUGUAUCCUUUUUUCUACAUGGAUGUUUAUAACUAUUUAAGUGUAAAUAACUGGAAAGUCAGUUGCUUUAUUUAUUGAUGUGGCUUACCAUGUACCUAGGGGGAAGUAACAGUACUCAAAAUGUGCAGUUUCUGCUUUAACUGUGGUUUUUUUUUUUACAUCUCAUUCCAGUUCUUGAACCAUUUUUUGUGUUUGUCCAAUUGGAUGUUUACCAAAGAAGUUCAGAAUCAUGCUAAGAUCAUCUAUGCCACAGACUCCAUCUUGUUUUCACUUUGAAUACAACCAUAUCAAAUAGUGAAGGGAUUUGGCCUAGAUUGUGGUAUGUGCCAGUAUAAACUAAAAUAAUUGAUUUUCAGUGUGCUGUCCAGAGAGGGACUAAAGAAAUUAUUUUUGGGGGAGGAAGAGAUGAGUCAAAGGAGUAAUCUUUGACUGCAAUCUAGUGUGGGCAUUUAUUUCAGCCAUCUCUAAGUAUAUCUCAUUUCUUCCCUGUGCAGUUAGGAAUGAGGUUUUUUAUGUAGGCUAACACCUAACCCUUUAGUGGGAAUGGUUUUCAGUCGUAAGUUUCUCCACUUGCUUUUGGGAAGUGAUGUCACUCUUGCUGAGCCCCAGUUUCCUCAUCUAGCGAAUGGUAGUGAUGAAUACCACCUCUAGGUUUUGAUGAAUGUUACAUGAGAUAGUAUGUGUAUAGCUCUUACCUCUGUACCUAGCACAUAGCAGACAUCCACAAGUAAUCACUAUUAUUAGAUUAUUUAUAGUUACUGAAUAUCAUCAGGAGCCUACAUUUGCAGAAAACACUGCCUUUACACACAAUGCCUAUUCCCAACCCCUUGAAACUUGGCUGGAGGAAUCCGUACCAUUGAUUUUUCUGACUGUAACUUGAUAAUUUACAGGCAAUUCCUUACUGGGUCAAGUCUAGGAAAAUGAAGACUAGGAAACAAAUGAGGGUCAGAGGUAAGCGAGCAUUCUGUGCCAGCACAUUUUUCCUAUUUCAGUGGGACUAAAAAAAAUAGUGUUAAUUUGGAGAUCUUGAAUUUCCACUUAGUAGCUCUAGUAGCCCUAUUCAAGUAACCAAUCCAUCACUCCCUGCUCUCUACAAUGAAUUGAGUCUCAGUCAUGUCAAGGAGAACAUAUUUUAUAGUCUAUGACAUUUAAGCUUAAUUCAUGGCCUGUCUUUACACUGUCCCAACUAAAAGGUACCAAGAAUUCACUACUUCCCAAGUACUGAGCCAGGUAUGUGGUUUCACAUACACAAGCUCAUUAAUCAUUUAUUUCUCACGUCAGCCCUCUGAAAACCCAUCUCUCAUCAAUCUAGGUGGAAAGGGAAGUUUGAGUGUUUUAUACAAGUCCACAUUGUAGAAUGUAUCAUCUUGAUUGACUAGUGAUUACCUCACUCCAGCAAGUGUAGAUCUUGGUGUGGCAGAAUUGCAGUUGACUCUCAGCAGCCCUGAUACACAUUGAGAUUAUUUUACAGCAAGUUUUUAUUGCAGUAGUGCUAACAGGCAAGAGGUGAGGCUAAGCCUUGGCUUUCUUUGGAAUGCACUUAAAUGGGGUAAUCAAAUGGACAUGACCAUUUUCUGCACUUGUAAGUUGAUUUUGUUGCAAAACUUAGGAAUGACGAGUAUUCUGAGAAAAAACAUAAAGCUAAAUCUAGGUCAGAAGGACAAGACAUCCCCCCUAGGUAGGUAGUGCCAUUUAUUUGGUUAGUUUUCUUGUCUAUUGUGACUGACCUAGUCUUUUUCUAGUAGGUUGUUUUUCUGGUGUGUGUAUGUGUGUGUUUGUGUUUGUGUUUGUAUAUGUAUAUGUAUAUGUAUAUGUAUAUAUGUAUAUAUAUGUAUAUAUGUGUGUGUGUAUAAUAGGUACCAAGCAGACAAUAUGCCUUUCUGCUUUGUACUGAACUACUACUGCUGCUAGCUAAUAACCAGCAACAUGUAGAAAGUGAAAAACAACAGAACUAAUUUUCUAUAGAUAACUUGGAGAAGAGAGUGUUUGCCCCUGAUUUCAGAGGGCAGAGAACUGACUGUUUCAACAGUCUCUUCUGAAGACUGACAGCUUUUGACCCAGUGCUGAGGCAAAACAGGGCUGGUCAAGUCACUGCCCAUGUGGCACUUCCAGCUCUGCCUGUGGAGCUACUUGGGCUCAGAUAAUCCCCUCCAACUGGCCAUUGGAGCAGUGGAAUUCCUGAGAUUGGUUAACAGCUCCCAAAGGUCUCUUACUGCCAAUGAUUGCAUUCUGUUGAUGGACUAGAAUCCACUGGGGACUGUCCCCCCAUGCCAACUCCAUUUCCAAGAUGGGAGUUUGAUUCGUAGGACUCAUUCCUUGAGUUCACACUUGCUGACUUUGCAUCCAUCUCUGUUUACCAAGGCAGAAUCAUAGUAGAAGAGUAUAAUGUGGAUGCAAAUGAAAGGCAACCCUAAUAAAGGAAAAGGACAGAUGUUCAACCCAUUCUUAGGCUUGAGGAAUGAGGUUUUGAUUCAUGAUUAAAGACAGUUCUGAAUAGCAGCCUGCUGUAUGGGCUGCAGUAUGUGGUCCUUCUUCAGUAUAGAGAGGAAGAAGGAAAAGGAACCACUGUUCAGCUAUUUAAUAAUCUGAGUUAUACACAUCCAGAGAUGAAAUGAAGACAUUUUCACUUACAAGUGAGUAUUUUCAAAUGUGUUUAAAUUAACAUUGAGAGAGAAGUGCCUGUAAUCUCUUCCUGGUGUCAUUUUAAAGUCCUUGCUUCUUGACUCUGUUUAAAAAUCUGUGGCAGCAAAUGUGAUUAACAGAAGUUUACAAAGCAACACUGUAGCUUAUGCAUCAUUGUAGAAGUUGCUUAAACAUUUAUCUAUUGUCAAAGCAACAACAUUAAACAAGAUAAAAGGAGAGCAAAUAGGUCAAUGUGGCAUCAUAGGCUUAUCGUAGAUAAACUAGUUCCAUCAUUUUAUGGAGUUCUCAGACAUGCCAGGAUUAAAAUAUCAAGCAAGCCAUUUAAACACUGGCAAAUAAUGUGUGUGUGUGUUUGUUAUUCCAUGUGUUUGUUAAGCAGCCAGUUUACUGCUUGCAUUGUAAUGAGUGGAAAGAGAAUUUAAGAAAAUGCUUCCCCCCUCCCACUCCACAUACUGCUGUUCAACUACCUCUAUAUGUUUGAUUUCUCUUUAGGGUUUUCUUUGCUCCAAAUCUGUACAAAAAAAAAAGUCUCAGCUCAUCUAUAUUGUAAUAACAAUGUGAUAUAGACAGUCUCUGUGAAAGCUUUUUGUUCAUUAAAGAAAUGUUUCCUAGUGUCUCACUUUGUAUGUAACAACACUCUACCCAUACCUUAGGGCAAGAAUUACACAAAUAACUUCAGUUUCAUUUUGUUGGAAGUUGACUAGGAAGGAAAGCUAUAGACACUUCUGUUUUCUUCUUGUUCCUGUUGGUUGUAAUAAGUUGGAGCAGAAGAGCUUUCAAAGAAAUAGACGAGACACAAGCUCUUGUCGGUGUGACAGUGAGGCAGGUGUGAUCUGUAAUAUCAAUGUGAUCGAUGUGUUCUGAAAACCUGACCAUAAAUUGUUCUACAAAGUGUACCAGAGAAGCUUGUUAUUUAAAGAAUUAUGUUGAAGCAUUUCGCCAAUAAUCUGCCCCUAGUUUGUCAAUCCAUUCACAUAUUGGGUUUGCUUACAGCAGAACACACUACCUACUCUGUUUUCUUUGGCAUUAUAAAAUAUUUGUGAAAGCAAAUGGCAUGUUUUCCUUUCAAUUAAAUCAUUUCUCAGUAAUUGG